UGCCCGUUUUUCCAUCGCCGACACUGCCUAGGUACGAUGGCCCAAUCAAGGCCCACAUCAGCAAUCUACACCAACAGAUCUGGUAAUCAGAAUACGCACGCUGGUCAUGGGUGCCAGAACGCAAACAAUGCUUCAGGUACCUUCAUCAGCAUUGAACAAGGUCCUCAUUCCACGUUUAGUAUCAUCUUAUGCCGACACUCAUAUCGCAUUGAUUCCAAUCAUGCCGACCGGCACGGCCAUACCGAGAACAGAGGCCCCUCCACGCCCACCGAAUCUAUGAGAAUAGCCAUCCCUCGUAUGCGCUGUUCUCAAAUCAGCUUAAUUCGCUCCAUACAGGUAUUCGACACCCCCAACGGGACCUACGAACAAACGAGCUUGCUAGAUCCAAGAGUCGAUCCACAGCGAGGCCCAUCUCUGGAUCUCUGGAAACAAACUCUAGCCUCUCUGUUUACCUGGCUGCCAAACCUGAAUAAACAAGACGCCCAAGGCCUCACCGUGUUGCACCACGCUGUCAAAAGCCGGUCCUGUUUUGCCCUCAACGUCUUACUCGACCUAAUCGAAAAUCAUCCCCAUGCCCUCCGGCUGGCUUUCAACGUGACUGUGGACCUCGCCGCCCUCCUUAACACGCCAGACUAUGCCGGACAAACCGCGGCUCACCACGCCGUUGUUUUGGGGGAUUGGCACUCCUUCAAGCUCCUAGCAGAAAAGAUGUCGGACCUGAACAAGUUAGCGGACAAACAGGAUCAAACCAUCCUGCAUCUUGCUGCGCAGUGGGGGCGUGCCGAUAUAGCAAAGUAUGUGCUAGACAAGGGCACUAAUAUUGACCAACAGGAUAGGGGCCGUCACACAGCUUUGCAUCAUGCAGCCAUGAACGGCCACCAUGAGGUUGUGCGGGUGUUGUUAGGCGCAGGAGCCAGGAGGGACGUGAAGGAGGACUGUCUCGAAUGGACGGCGCUGCAUUACGCUGUUAUCAGGAAGCGGUUAGAAACGGUCCAGGUUCUUGCACGACGCUCAUACAACGAGACCGAUGAUGAGCUCGGCCUUGAUGUCAAGGACCACCAAGGACGAACUGCUCUCCAUCUCGCUUGCCAUCUUGAAGGCGGAGCGACUGAGCUUCGUAUUGCCGGCGACAUGGUCUCCGUUUUGAUUGCAGCUAAAGCAACGUUGAACGUUACGGACGCUGUAGGAUGUACUCCGCUAAUGUACGCCGCGGCGCGGACAAAUUUGGCCGCGGUUAGAUGCUUGGUUGACAAGGGUGCUGAUGUUGAUAUGCGGGAUGGCAAGCGCAAAAGGGCGAAGGACUACGCACUGGAUCAGGCACCCCGAGGCAAGGAGAGAGAUGCGGUGGUCAAGAUUCUUUCCCAGCACCACGGCGGUGAAUGGCCGGACGGUGGAGGACCAGGGGGCGGACUCUGCAUAGCGGGUCAACAAGAGGGGUGAGGCCUUUCUUGAUCCAGCGUGGCCGGUGUUGCUUCUUUCCAUUCUUGUCUUUUCAGUUUCUCUAAGGCAUCUCCGCCACCCCGGCCCCGCCUGAAUUGGUUCUUCUUCCACAUUCCCUCAUGUUCUUUCAUUCGUUCCUUCCCUCGGAAGUACUCUAGAGGGUCCAUUUACGUUUUCUCGGCCAUGCACUUAUUGGUCACUUCGUUCCCUUUUCACUGUAUCCCAUCCCAAAGCAUCAUGAGAACAAACUCAGCACACUUCAUUAUGGCCUAAACAUGUUAUACCAGUGCCGUUACCUGAUGAACAGAUUGACAAAACAACGCCCGUUGCUU